UAACACAAAGAGUGUACAGUUCCGUGUAUAAUGUGUGCCUGUCAUUGCAUCGUUAUUAUAUUAUUUUUGUUUUGUGCCAAUCCUGCUGAGUAAUUUCUGGCUGGUGUGUUGUGGCGGUCAGCGGUCGGUCUGUCGGUGCGAAGUUGACAUCGUGCCAAGUUUGUGCGAGCGGUGACUGUGUGGUUAUUGCGUUGUUUCUGUCAGACUGCCGUAUGGGUGUCACGCAGCGCUGGCUGCGAGCUGGUGGCCGGGGCAAGGUCGUCGCCUUGCACCCUCAGCCUCGCACUGGGUCGCGGCGGACAAUGGUCGCGAUGACUUGCGUUCUCUACACGUCCAGUGACCCAUAUAGUGGCGCUACACCAACACAUUAAAAUGCAAUUAGUAAAUAAUUAGUUGUCGGAAUAGUUUCGUGUGUGUACUUGUGUUGUGAUAACAGCAGAGCAUCACAGUUCAUGUUAGGUGAGUGUGAUGAUGUCUCUCAAGCCCCGCAACGUUGACUUCACGGAGACAUGGGCGCACCUCAAGGAAACGGUGGCGGGAGUGGUCGGUCUCCGCGCCGUGGAGCGCUCUGUGUGGAACACUCGGUUCUCUGACGUGUACGCGCUCUGCGUGGCGCACCCCGAGCCGCUGGCCGACAGGCUGUACGACGAGACCAGGAACUUCCUCGAGGAACACGUUGCGGGGCUCCUGCAGCGGGUGCGUGGCACCGCCGCCUUGGAGAACAAUGACCAUAAUGAUGGACUGCUUACUAGAUACGUGAGCGCGUGGCGCGAGUACAGCCAGGGCGUGGCGUACCUCAACAGUCUGUACUCGUACCUCAACCUGCAACACGUCAAGCGCCAGAAGGUGUCUGACGCGGAGAUCAUCUACGGCUCGUCUGCUACAGUCACUUGCCCCGAGCAUGACGCGAGACAACUCGAGGUGGGUGAGCUGGGGCUGGAGAUCUGGGAGCGAGUACUGGUCAAACCACUGUCCGCAGCACUCACGGGUCGCAUAGUCCGCGGUCUAGCAGCGGCCCGGAGUUCGACUCCCGACCCGGCCUUCGCGUCCACCCUCCGCGAAGCGAUCCGUUCCACAGUCCAGGUGCGGGCCUUCAGGGUGAGGGCGCCACUGUCGCUGUACCAGUCGCUGGUGCUGGAGCCAUACCUCGCGGCCGCCGCCGCGGCGCACGCGCAGCUCGCCGCCGACCUGCUCGCCGGCGGCGACAUCGCGCACUACACCACGCACGCCCUGGCCGGCCUGGAGAGAGAGGUGGCGCUGGGCGCGCGCUACCUGGACAGCUCGUCGGCGGAGGCGGUGCGCGCGUGCUACGAGCGCGCGGUCGUCGACGCCGCGCACGCGCAGGCCGCCGCCGACGGACAGGCGCUCCUGGCGCAGGCGCACUCCAAGGACGAGGCCCACACUCACUUCGUGAACGCGAUGCUGACACUGCACGGCAAGUACAGCAAGCUGUUCAGUGAAGUAUUCGGCGGGGCCCAGGCCUUCGUGGGGGCCCUAGACAAGGCAUGUAGCGCGGUCGUCAACAGCGGCGCGGGCGCGGGCGGCGCGCCCGAGCUGCUGGCGCGGUACUGCGACUGCUUGUUGCGACGCCGCGCCGCCGCAGACGUCGACGUCGACGACAAGCUGGCCGCCGCCAUCGUCGUCUUCAAGUACGUCGACGACAAGGACGUGUUCCAGAAGUACUACGCGCGCGCCCUCGCGCGGCGACUCAUACAUCAACUCAGCGCGUCCAUGGAGCAGGAGGAGGCCAUGAUUAACAGAUUGAAGGCCGCGUGCGGGUACGAGUUCACGAACAAGUUACAUCGCAUGUUCACGGACGUGGCGGUGUCGGCCGACCUCAACGCCAAGUUCCAGCAACACCUCCGGGAGAACAACCUCGCCACCAGCACCGGCUUCUUCAUACAGGUACUACAGGCGGGCGCCUGGCCCCUAGGGGGCGCGAUGGCCCCCCUGGCGCCCCCGCCCCAGCUGGAGCGGCCGGCGCGUCAGUUCGAGGCGUUCUACCGGAACAUGUUCAGCGGGCGGCGCCUGGCCUGGCUGCAUCACUUGUGCAGCGGGGAGCUCCGCACCCGGUACACGGCCAGGCAGUACCACGUGUCGGCCAGCACCGUGCAGUGCGCUCUCCUGCUCAGCUUCGACACCGUCGACUCCUGGAACGCGCGCGAGUUGAGGGACACUCUCCAGCUGGAGGGGGACGCCUGGGGACGACAGCUGCGACCUCUACUGGACGCCGGACUACUGCUGGCUAGCGGGGACCUGGGCGCAGAAGACGAGGAGCUGUCCCCCGCGGCGCGCGUGUCCCUGAACCUGUCGUUCAGCUGCAAGCGGACCAAGGUGCGCGUGACGUGCGCCACCGCGCCGGCGCAGGGGGGAGGGGGGGGCGCGGGGGGCGCCGCCGCCGACGGGGGGGACGCCGCGCACUGCGACGACGACCGCAAGAUGUACCUGCAGGCCGCCAUCGUGCGCAUCAUGAAGCAACGGAAGGUACUUCGUCACACGGAGUUGAUCCAAGAAGUAGUAUCCCAAGCUCGGGGCUCGUUCGCGCCCUCUGUCGCGAUGAUCAAGAAAUGUAUCGAAGCACUCAUCGACAAGCAAUACCUCGAGAGGGCGCCCGCGGCGCUCGACACGUACUCGUACCUCGCGUAGGACGAGCCAAUGUAAGCGCUGUGCCGAGGUCAUACGGGCCAUUGUCGCGUGAUACAAAUUUAAUGUUUUGUUUCUAAAUGUCUCAGGUCUCGGCGCUCUCUGACACUAGUGGCGCCACUGUCGCUACACCGCUGACAUCUGUCUGAUAGAUAGUGAAACACGUGAAUGUCAAAACAUCUCGUUUCAAAGAUUUUAUAUUGAGAUUGAUUACUAAACUACGUCCCGCGCUUGUAUUUUAAAAUUGUAUAAAGUACUGUUUUAUUGUAAUUUAAUAUUAUUUAGCAUGUCUGUCCGUAUAUCACUAACUUGUCUAUAUCUGUUCUGUCUCUGCUCUCAUUGUCUAAGGUUUGAUUUCCGAUUACUGAAAUGAUGUGUGAAACACUAGUGUGUUCAGUGGUUAGAGUGCGGUGUCGCGGAGGUAGCGCGUUCGAGGCCGGCCGAGGCAGUGAGCACAUCUGUUGUAUAUUUAAUGUACAAUAAUAAUAUAUUAUGUUUAACGGAGUAGAGGCACAUAAUUAUACAUAUAUUAUAAUAAACUUGUACGAAGUCGUUACACAUUCUUUAUUUUA